CUUAAAAAUGUGAGGGGGCGAAUGUGCAGUCCAUCGUUGCCACCCAAGAGCGUAGGAGGACGUUUCCGAGAUCACCUAAUUGGACUGGACCGCUGAUAAACUGGAAACAUUUCUCAAUACAAACACACUCCUUAUAAAAGCAUACAUCCAGUUUUCUAAAGAUUCAAGACGAUUUGGACAGGGAUUUUCUCUCUCAAGGUUCAUAAGUGAAGAUGACUGUCUCAGUGCUUUCUGUCAUACUUCUACUGACCUGUGCCGUACCAUCAAGUGUCGCUCAGUCAAGCUGCAGUGGAAGAUGCGGAGAGGAAUACUACAGAGGUUUUCUGUGCCACUGUGACUACGAAUGUGUAGUUCACGACGAGUGCUGUAAAGACUACAUAUCCCAGUGCACCACCAAGGACUCAUGCAAAGGACGUUGUGGAGAGCCGUUCAAGAGAGGCAGAGGUUGUACCUGUGAUGCUGACUGUCAGCAGUACAACCAGUGCUGCCCAGACUUCAAGAACAACUGUGAUCCAGGCAAGCCCCCCCAUUGGUCCCCUCACGGUAUGUGCACGCAAGGCAGCUGCAUGAAAGCAUCAGUUUAUCGUUCACUCAUCUCUGUUUUGGUAACUACCACAGAAUCAAGCAAAGGACCAGCCAGUACACCAGCGAAGACUAGUUCAUGCGAUAACGUAAACGAUAACAAACCAACAGAUUUUCAGACUCAACCAGCCGAACAGCCGGAGGAGACUCCCAUCAACAGCGACUUGGAAGAGGACCAAGAUUUACCUGAGAGUGAAUUCAGUCCACUAACCCCAGAAUCCCCACAGGAUCCCUAUGACGAUGUGAUAGGUGAGACCUACCCAAACAUCCCUACCGACACAGGGCUGGAGGUCCCCCCUAUCCCAGAAGCCUCUAGUGGAUACGAACCCUCCCUCUCUGACCUGCCUGAGCCUGUGCCCUCUGACCCCUCCAUGACCCUGACCACCGCCUCGGUUGACAGUCAGGAUGACCCUGAGCAAGAAGCCACUGCAGAGGACACCGACACAGCCCUCCCUGGGGACCAGGAGGGAGACACCGGUCCCUCCGACGGUCCUCCCACACAGACCGUCCCCGGCGGUGAAGCAGACUCUCCCAGUGAUCUCGAGGGACAGCCUGAUUCCAGUCCGAGCCCACCCACGCCUGAGCCCACUCUCCCUGGAUCCCCCUCCGCUCAGCCCAGCUCAGAGGCCCAGACGACUUCCCCUGCCGAGAGCGACGCCCAGCCUGACGGACAGGGCGAACCACAGCCUGAGACCCAGGAUGUGGACAACGAAUCUCUUACUAAUGGCUCUGAGAGCCCUGUGCCCGACCCAGAAAGUGCAGGUGACCUGACCACCACCACAGCCUCUCCACCAACCUCUGCAGGCCCCACCAAGAACCCACCGUCCCCAGACGACUCAGAGCCUACCCCUGCUUCUCCAGACAGCACCGCCCCCUCCACCAACCCGCUUGUCCCUGAGGCUACCACCCCGGCCUCAGAGCAGGACGCCUCAAACGAUGCCUCGACAGCCACAAUCGUCUCUCCCUCUGAACCUCAGGUUUCCAAGGGAACCUCCAGCACUCCAGUGUCUGAGGACGACCCUGAGCCUAAACCCAGUUCAGAGGCUGAAGGUGACAUCUCUGAUAUUUCUGACCCCAAAGCUCAAGAAGAAUCCAUGAAUCCAACACCGGCAACCUCGGUAAAGGAAGAGGAUGAUGCAGCUGUAGAGGAAACUUCCACAGACCGCAUGAAGCUCACACCAACCCCAGCCAAACCAACCCCAGCCAAACCAGCCCCAACCAAACCAGCCCCAACCAAACCAGCCCCAACCAAACCCACCUCAAAACCAAAGCCCAAACCAACCAAGCCCAGCUCUGACCUCGCACAGGCUCUGGGCACAUAUAACCCCAGAGAUUACCAGUCAGAUGACAACAACAACACCAACCUCUGCACCGGACGCCCGGCAGGUGCCACCACCACGCUGAGGAACGGCACCAUCGUGGUGUUCCGAGGACACUAUUUCUGGGUGCUGGACAGCUUCAGAAACCCAGGUCCAGCCCGAGGGAUCACAGACGUGUGGGGUGUCCCCUCUCCCAUCGACACAGUCUUCACGCGCUGCAACUGCCAAGGCAAGACCUACAUCCUGAAGGGACCUCAGUACUGGAGGUUUGAGAACGGCAUGGUGGACCAAGGAUACCCUAAGCUGGUCAGCACGGGCUUCGACGGGCUUCAAGGCCAGAUCACCGCUGCCCUAUCGGUGCCUGAGUACCGCAGGAGAGGAGAAGCUGUUUACUUUUUCAAAAGCGGGGGAUUGGUCCAAAGGUAUUCUUAUAAGCAGGGCACCAGUCCAACCUGUGGGAAGAAGGUCCACUAUGCUGUGUACACGGCACGCAACCGGGUUGCCAGACAAGCAGCUUCUCCUCUGGGGCCGGCCAUCAACAUCCGUGUGACCUGGAAGGGCUUCCCCUCGACCGUGACCUCCGCCGUGUCCAUCCCCAAUCGCCGCUUAGCCGAGGGCUACAGCUACUACGUCUUCUCACGGUCCAAAUACUAUAAUGUGAAGAUGGAAGAUCGUCCUGUUCUGGCUACACCCAUGAGCAUAUCUCCAAAGAAGAACUCAGCAAAGGACUUCUUCAACUGUCCAAAGACAGUCUGACAACUCCAAACAAACUUGUGCCACAAACUGUCACAGAUUUCCAAACUUUAUUAGCAUUGUCCAUAAAACAAAUGGCUUACACCAGAACUGCUUUCGCAAACCUUACAAGUACAAAACCUAGGAUUCAGAUCGAGGAGAUCACACACACAUAUCAUAGGGACUAAUGAUAACCAGCGUCAUAGAAUCAGAGGCCAUACAAGACUGCUCCAGUGAUUAAAAAAGUAUUUUGAGAUGGCAUUAUGAAGAACACAAUUUCCUAUAUUGUUGAUCUCAAAUAUGUACACUACAUAGCUCAGGACGUCUGCCUUCCUAGACUAAAAGUCGACUGUUAGGGUCAUAUUCGAUGACUUUUGUUUCUAUGACAAUGCCACGAAUACAGGAAUGAUGUUGAAGUGUCUGAUUGGUGCUUUAUCUGGCGAAUCGUCUCCCAUGGACACCUCGAGACAGCAACGUCUGACCUGGAGAAACCAAACGACAAGAAAAAUCAGAACCCGCUGUACCAGUGUACAGUGCCUGUAUACAUGUGUCACUGUGUUUCAGAUGACUUUUUUAAUGUUCUGUAUUCUUCAUUUAAAUAAAAAUGUAUAAUGAGAAGUAUGAA